UGGUUGACUGUGGGAGCUUAUCUUGGCCUGACAAAAACACGUUGACCUUUUGUCCUGACAGCCUAACCCUAAUCAGACAAAGAUUAAAAUGAACAUUAAUAACAAAUUUCUUCCCUUUCAAUUUUCAUUUCUGCUGCCGUUAAUAAAACACCCAUGAUCGGCAUAUUUUAAGAAAGAAUAUUCCUCUUUUAUAUUACAAGUUCCUAAAAAUUAUUAUUAUUAUUAUCAGAUUGUUUUUCUUUGUUAUUCUUCUUGUUUUGGGAUUUCCCUCAAUCCAAGAAAAUGGGGAAGCCAACCGGGAAGAAGAAGUUUCAAGAAACAGGCAAGAAAGUCAUGGAAGCCAACAAGCAGAACAAAGGCGCCGCCGCUGAUCGGACGUCCAAAGCUUUCGAUGAGGACACGGCAAUCUUCAUCAACAUGUCCCAAGAGCUUAAAGAAGAAGGUAACCGACUCUUUCAGAAACGCGACCAUGAAGGCGCGAUGUUAAAGUACGAAAAAGCCCUUAACCUCCUCCCUAAAGCCCAUAUCGAUGUCGCUCAUUUGCGCAGCAACAUGGCUGCUUGUUAUAUGCAAUUGGGUCUCGGCGAGUACCCUCGCGCUAUUAAUGAAUGUAAUUUGGCUUUAGAGGUUUCUCCUAAAUACACCAAAGCUUUGUUGAGAAGAGCUAGGUGUUAUGAAACUUUGAAUAGAUUGGAUUUAGCUUAUAGGGACGUUUAUAAUGUUUUAACCAUUGAACCCAAUAAUUCGUCUGCUUUGGAGGUUUUAGACAGCGUGAAAAAGGCUAUGGAUGAGAAGGGUGUUACUGUUAAUGAAAAUGAACCUGGUUUCUUUGAUAAUGAUCCCUCCGGGGCUUCACGGUUGCGAAAAGUGGUGCAAGAGAAGUUGAAGAAGAAGAAAAACAAAGGAAAGUUUGUUGAGAAAGAUGAGAAGACUGAUGAUAAAGUUACAGAAGAGAAGAAGGCGGAGGAUAAGGUUAGUGUUGUCAAGGAGGUCAAGGACAAAGAGAUUGUUGUGAAGACUGUUGAGGAAGAGAAGAAGACUGUUGAGGAAGAAAAAGCGAUUACAAAGACAGUGAAGUUGGUGUUCGGGGAUGAUAUUAGGUGGGCUCAAUUACCUGUGAAUUGUACUGUUAAUUUGGUGAGGGAUAUUAUUCGAGAUAGGUUUCCUGGCCUGCAGGGUAUUCUUGUGAAAUACAUGGAUCCAGAGGGUGAUCUGGUUACGAUGACUUCAACAGAUGAUCUUAGGUUAGCUGAGUCAGUCGGUGGUCUAUCAGGAGGAUCACUAAGGUUCUUUAUUGUUGAAGUUAGUCCAGACCAGGAACCAGCUUAUGAAGGAGUAAGUAAAGAGGACAUGGUGAAGGGUGAAGAGAAAUUGAGUGAUGUUGUUGAGAAUGGUGAAGCUAUAAAAGGAAAAUCUAUGGAGGAUUGGAUUGUCCAGUUUGCACUACUUUUCAAGAACCAUGUCGGGUUUGAUUCUGAUUCGUACUUGGAUCUUCAUGAACUUGGGAUGAGAUUAUACUCGGAAGCAAUGGCUGAUACUGUGACAAGUGAAGAUGCGCAGGAGCUUUUUGAAAUCGUUGCAGAUAAGUUCCAAGAGAUGGCAGCUCUGGCAUUGUUCAAUUGGGGAAAUGUUCACAUGUCCAGGGCAAGGAAACAUGUCAUCUUAACAGAUGACGGUUCAAGGGAAUCUAUGCUAGCCCAGGUGAAGAUUGCGUAUGAGUGGGCACAGAAAGAAUAUGUAUUGGCGGCAAAGAGGUACGAGGAAGCAUUGAAAAUUAAACCAGAUUUUCAUGAAGGUCUUCUUGCGUUGGGGCAACAGCAGUUUGAGCAAGCAAAACUCCACUGGUACCAUGCAGUUGCUAGCAAGAUUAAUUUAGAAAGUGGACCUUCUGAGGAGGUCUUGAAGCUUUAUAACAAGGCAGAGGACAGCAUGGAGAAGGGCAUGCAGAUUUGGGAGGAAAUGGAGGAGCAACGGCUAAAUGGACUCUCCAAAAUUGAUAAGUAUAACACCCAGUUGCAGAAAAUGGGGUUAGAUGAGCUGUUUAAAGAUGUCUCUGCUGAGGAAGCUGCUGAGAAGGCUGCAAACAUGAGUUCACAGAUAUACCUGUUAUGGGGCACCUUACUUUAUGAGCGUUCCGUUGUGGAAUACAAGAUUGGGUUGCCAACUUGGGAGGAAUGUUUGGAGGUUGCAGUUGAGAAAUUUGAACUUGCUGGAGCUUCUCCAAUAGAUUUAGCUGUUAUGAUUAAGAAUCACUGUUCGAACCAGACUGCAUCAGAAGGCUUAGGUUUCAAAAUUGAUGAGAUUGUACAGGCAUGGAAUGAAAUGUAUGAUGUAAAAAGGUGGCAGACUGGUGUUCCAUCAUUCCGGCUAGAACCAUUGUUUCGUCGCCGCGCUCCAAAGCUUCUUUCUAUUUUGGAGAAUUUUUAAGUUUUCUGUUGAAUCAGUAUUCUUUCGGGGCACUAGACAAGUGCUUCGGUUCUAUUUUAUUCAUUUUCCAAGAUAAGUGUUUUUGUGCUACUAAGAUAGGUCUUAUAUUUUUGUCCAUGGACUUUUUUUGAGUGUGUGGCUGGUUGUUUGCUAUGGCAGCAAAGAACAAAAGCUUGUGAACUGUGAGUUUGAUAUUGGAAGGUGCAAUUUGUGAUUGGGCAUGAAGCCUAGUUCAUUCAUUCAUUUUGUCAAUUUUGGGGGAAUUUAUUUUUCUUUCACAUGGUAAUUUGCAAAGUGGUAUAUGAUUUGAUUGGUUCAUCAAUGAUCAUAUAAAUAAUUGUUGGUUGUAACUUGUAAGAUCAUCUUGUUUGUUUUUGUUAUUCAUAUAGGAUUAUAGGUCAUCAUUUAUACCAAAUUUCUACAUGUUUGUAGCUUGUAACCUUCUGAUAUUCAAAUUAUAAUGUCAAUCUUAUACUUGUCUUGUUUUAUGUAUGUUUUAUUUCAGAAGCCAAUUCAUGGAAAUUUGGGAUUUGAUUUGUGUAAA